AUGCAAAAGAACAUUGCUCUGCUUUUCGCUACGCUUGCGGCGGUCGCUAUGGCGGCGACUAUUGAGGAGCGUUCUAAUGAUGUGAAGUGCAAGGUGGCGUACGAGGGUCAGCUGGAGCUUUGGAUGAACAAGCCUAGCAAGUCGAUUGGCCCGGUGAUGAGCGAGAAGCCGGUGAAGCCGUACGGAGAAAUGAUGAUGCUGUUUGAGGAAGAGUCGAAGUACUUCCCAGUUGUGAAGUUUGUGGAAUGCAACCUGAAGGGAAAAGAUGAGAACCCUGAUGCGAAAUUUGGUCGGCUGGAACUUGUGCAGGAGACGGGUAUGUGCAUUGAACACGUGCCGACGGACGACGCUAAGUUGGUGGCGCUUGGAAUGCAGGAGUGCGAAUACGAGAAUGUGAAGCACAGGAGCGACAAGCAGGCGUUUAAGUCUACGUGGGACGGAAAGAGUGAUGUGUCGGGCAUUAGUGUCGUGGAAACGGACGGGAAGGUGCACUCGCAGUGGCGCUACAAGGAGGAAGGCAAGAGGAAGGUGGUUGCGUUGACGAGUGAGAAGGCGCACUUUGGCCACUACAACAACCUGCGUGUAAACAAGAUCAAGAAGAACUGA